UCCGGGCUGUGAAGAUCGUCAACAAAUCGUCGGAUCGAAAAAUUCAUAAUAAAAAGAUACUAAGACAAAAUUGGACAUUGGCCGGAAGUAAAAUAAAAGGUCAAGAUGGCGAUUGCCAUAGCUCAGAUGAAACAUGUCUUUGGUCUCAAAGGUGAGAUCACUGGCAACAUCAACUACGUCGAUGAACAGACCAUUGUUUAUCCAUCCGGUGCAAACACAAUCCUAUACAACAUCGACCAAAAAUCCCAGAAAUUCAUCCCUGGAUCUGACAAAACUCUGGGCACAACAUCCAUGUGUGUUAGUCCUAAUCGACGUUAUGUCGCCGUGGCUGAGAAAGGAGCGGAGAAGGCCACCGUCACAAUAUACGACCUUCAUUCCCUAAGGAGACGAAAGGUUCUUAGCUCGACGGAUAUCCAGUCAAACGAGAUUGUCAGUAUGGCGUUUUCUCCUGAUUCCAAGUAUCUGAUUGCGCAGGGCGGGAAACCAGACUGGACUCUGGUGUACUGGACGUGGGAGAAGUCUAAAGUCAUGGCCGUCACAAAGACCACUAACGCUACGAACAAUGACGUGUACCAGGUCUCAUUCAACCCACAAGACAACACUCAAGUAUGCGUUGUCGGCAACGGCAUCUUUAAGUUGUACCGCUACAGCGAAGGGAACCUCAAGCAGUUUGCUUUCCAGAAGAUGGAGCCGCAGAAUUUCCUCUCCCAUGCCUGGGUGUCGGACGAGAGGGUCAUUGUCGGAACGGAUAAUGCUAAACUUCUUCUGUUUGAGGCUGGAGAGUUAAAGAAUGAGCUGGCCGUCAUGGUGUCUGCUCAGAGCAAGGAUUCAGAAAGGAAUGCCAUGGGUAGCAUAUCUGAAGGGGAACCGGCUAGUUCGGGCCCACCCUCUGUGGGUGCCAUCGUAGCAUACUCCAAGGGCUUCGCUUGCUCCGGUGGUAAAGGAAUUGUACAUCUGUAUGAGAAGACAGAAGAUAAAGACUUCUACAAGAAGACCAGAGAAAUAAAGAUUCCUUACGAUGUCCUUGGAGGAGACCCAAGCCGGGCUGAAGCACAUCAGAUUAAGAUGUUAACCGUCAGUCCCUCUGAAGAAACGCUCGUCGCUAGCACGAUAACCAACCAGCUCUAUUGCAUGACGUUGUCCAGUGCUGAUCUUGGCAAGCAAGGUGACUCGGCAACCUUUGAGCUGUUGGCCCAGCCGUUCCAUUACAACAUGAUAACUGGUCUGGAUGUCUGCGCUAGAAAACCUCUCAUUGCCACAUGCUCAAUCGACCGGACUGUACGUAUCUGGAACUACGAGACAACUGCUUUGGAAUUACACAAAGAGUUCCAAGAGGAGGCGUACAGCAUCGCUCUACAUCCCUCGGGUCUUUACGUUCUCGUUGGCUUCAGUGAUAAACUCCGUCUGAUGAAUCUCCUUAUUGAUGACAUACGUACCUUUAAGGAGUUCACCAUCAGGGGCUGUAGAGAGUGUUCAUUCAGCAAUGGUGGGCAUGUCUUUGCCGCGGUCCAUGGAAACGUGAUCCAGAUUUACUCUUCGACAACAUUUGAGAAUGUCAGCAACUUGAAGGGUCACAACGGAAAGGUGCGCUCGGUCGUUUGGAGCGCAGAUGACAGCAAGAUCAUCUCCUGUGGUAUGGACGGAGCUGUCUACGAGUGGAAUGCCUACUCUGGGAAGCGAGAAGGGGAGAGCGUCCUCAAGUCUUGCAGUUAUUCAUGUGUCACAUCUACGCCGGACGGCAAGACCACUUUUGCUGUUGGCUCAGAUCGCACCCUGAAAGAGAUCUCAGACUCACAGAUUUUGCGUGAUGUUGAUGCACAGGAAACCACAUUGACCCAGGUGGUGAUGUCCCACAGUGGACGUAUGCUGUUCGCCGGUACCAACACUGGUACUCUGCGCUCCCUUAAGUUUCCCCUGACUGUUCCCGGGGAAUGGCAGGAACACAUGGGCCAUGGAGCAGCUGUUACUAAGAUGCGAAUCACUUACGAUGACCAGUACCUCAUCACUACAUCAGAGGAUGCUGUACUCAUGAUCUGGAAGAUUAGCGAUAAGGAAGGGCGUGGCCUUAAGAGGGACAAGGAGGUGGGCUAUGCUGAGGAGAUCCUCAUCACCAAGUCAGAUCUGGAGGAAAAGAACACUGUGAUGGCUGAGCUGAAGCAGCGUGUGGAAGAGCUCAAGAUGGAGAACGAGUACCAGCUACGUCUGAAGGACAUGAACUACAACGAGAGGAUCAAGGAACUGACAGAGAAGUUCAUCCAGGAGAUGGAGUCCUUGAAGACCAAGAAUCAGGUCCUGAAGACGGAGAAGGACAAGGAGGAGGCCAAACAUGAGGAGGAAGUCGCUGAGCAGAUGGAGAAACAGAACAAGGAACUCCAAGAUCUUGAAUCGGCCAACAACCAGAAGUUGAUGAUAGAGUAUGAGAAGUACCAAGAGCUCCAGUCUAAGAGUCAGAAGAUGCAAGAGGACUAUGAGAGGCAGCUGGCUGAGACAGAGGAAUCCAAGGAGCAAGCCCUUGAGGAGCUGACAGAGUAUUACGAGACCAAACUCCAGGAGAAGACUACACUCCUUGAUCAGGCCCAUGAUGAAUCAAGACAACAGAUGAGAGAGUACGAAGAGACCAAGAAACAGAUCGAGGAAGACGCUGAUCGUGAGAUUCUAGACAUCAAGAACAAGUACGAGAGGAGACUUCGAGAUGAGAAGGAAGCGAACAUGAGACUCAAAGGGGAGACGGGCAUCAUGAGGAAAAAGUUCACUAGCCUUCAGAAGGAGAUUGAGGAUCACAAGGAUGAGAUUAAGAAGUUACAGAAUGAGCAGACUAAGCUCCAAGGAGUUAUCAAGUCACUCGAGAAGGACAUCUACGGACUCAAGAAGGAGAUCCAAGAAAGAGAUGAAACCAUCCAAGACAAGGAAAAGAGAAUUUAUGACUUGAAAAAGAAGAACCAGGAACUGGAGAAGUUUAAGUUCGUUCUCGACUACAAGAUCAAAGAACUGAAGAAGCAGAUUGAGCCCAGAGAGAAUGACAUCAAGGCUAUGAAAGAGCAGAUUCAAGAGAUGGAGAGCGAGCUGGAGAGAUUCCACAAACAGAAUACUCAGCUGGAAUUGAACAUCACUGAGCUGAGAUUGAAGCUGAAGGCAACAGAGAAAGAGAUGCACAUGGAGAGACAGAAGGUCAGAGACACAGAGGCAGUCUGUCGCCGUUUCAAGACUGAUCUUCACAACUGUGUGGCAUACAUUCAGGAACCCAAGAAACUAAAAGAGUGCAUCAAACAGUUGUAUGCUAAACACGUCCAGGAUGACACAGUUGAAUCUGCAAGUGUGGAUGCAGACAUACAGCGAGAAUACAGCAGACAGCGUAAACAUCUUGAGCAGAGUGUUGCCUCGCUACGUAAGAAGCUCACCAAGGACACUGAGAUUCACAGAGCAGAUAACGUCAGGAUCAUGCAGGAAAAUGUGUCAUUGAUCAAAGAAAUCAACGAUCUCCGCCGGGAGCUGAAAAUUGCCCGCACCCAAGUCCACGACCUCGAGGCGGCCCUUGGAAUCAACAAGAAGAAUAAGAACCUCGAGCAGCAAGCCGAGUCAGCCUUCUCCAUGAACGCCAGCCUCUCCAGCCGCGAGGGUAAGCACGACGAGAACGUACGCAUUAUCGACAUGCAACGUGGCGAGAUACGGAAACUACGGACGCAGCUGAUGGAAGCAGAGCAGAUGGCUGUGCAGAGACCGCCCUCCGGAGGCAGAUUGCCGCCAGUUCUGGCUCAGUAGUUACACUUUUAUGCCUGUCUGGUAAGAUUUCCUUCCAUGAUGGAACCCUUUUAGUUGAAUCACAUGAGUCAUGCCUAUUCACUUCAUUUUUAGUGGUUUUGUAUGAUGCGUAUGGACGAUAAACAUCCAUAGAAGUCGCCUCCAAAUUUUGUUUUGUUUUGUAUCAAUUUUUUCUCAACAAAAUGGUUUUUAACUUUGGUCGCUUGGCCGAUGAAGUGACCUAUCUUGUUAACACUUGUAAAAACUGUGUUUGAAACUGCACAAUUUUUCAAACUGUUGUUUCAGAGUCUGUAUUGACCCCUUGCACGCACGUCACACGAGGUGACUGUGCCACGCUCACCAUUUUGGUGGUCAAUAGGUUUACAUGUGAACGCCGUAUUUCCUUAAUUGCGCACUUCACUGAAUAACACAUAG